AUGCUCUCCAGUCGAUUGAUACCGCGCUCUGCUGCCAAAUCGGCGUUCAAAAGACAAACAUCGCUUCCUGCCGUUAUCGCCCCCACCCAGUUGUCGAGAUGGAGUCGCGCCUACGCGUCGGCCUCUGAAGAGAAGGACCUUGUCGUCAUUGGCGGUGGCGUCGCUGGUUACGUCGCUGCUAUCAAGGCCGGCCAAGAGGGUCUGAAGGUCACUUGCAUCGAGAAGCGAGGCACUCUCGGCGGAACCUGCCUCAACGUCGGCUGCAUUCCCUCCAAGGCCCUUCUUAACAACUCUCACCUCUACCAUACCAUCAAGCAUGACACCAAGAACCGCGGUAUCGAUGUUUCCGACGUCAAAGUAAACUUGGAGCAGUUCAUGAAGGCCAAAGACACCGCCGUUGGUGGCCUGACAAAGGGCGUCGAGUUCCUCUUCAAGAAGAACGGCGUCGAAUACAUCAAGGGCGCCGGUACCUUCGUCAACGAGAAUGAAAUCAAGGUGGCUCUCAAUGACGGUGGCGAGACUUCGGUUAAGGGAAAGAACAUUUUGAUCGCUACCGGAAGCGAAGCCACGCCUUUUCCCGGUCUCGAGAUAGACGAGAAGCGCGUUGUCACCAGCACCGGUGCUCUGUCGCUCGACAAGAUCCCUGAGAGCCUUGUUGUCAUUGGUGGCGGUAUCAUUGGUCUGGAGAUGGCAUCAGUGUGGUCCCGUCUGGGAACUAAGGUAACCGUGGUCGAGUUUCUCGGCCAGAUUGGCGGUCCUGGGAUGGAUGCCGAGAUUGCCAAGAGCGCACAAAAGAUCCUCAAGAAGCAAGGCAUCAACUUCAAGACCGGCACCAAGGUUAUCAGCGGCGACAAGACAGGUGACAAGGUCAAGCUGGAUAUCGACGCCGCCAAGGGCGGGAAGGCCGAGACCAUUGAUGCUGACGUGGUCUUGGUGGCCAUUGGCCGCCGACCUUACACCGGUGGACUUGGCCUUGAGAACAUUGACCUCGAGCUGGAUGAGAGAGGUCGUGUUAUUAUUGACUCCGAAUACCGCACCAAGAUUCCCCACAUCCGCUGCGUUGGCGACGUUACCUUCGGUCCCAUGCUUGCACACAAGGCAGAGGAGGAGGCUGUUGCUGUGGUUGAGUACAUCAAGAAGGGCCACGGUCACGUCAACUACGGCGUCAUCCCCUCUGUUAUGUACACCCACCCCGAGGUUGCCUGGGUCGGCCAGAGCGAGCAAGAUCUAAAGUCGCAGAACAUCCCUUACAGGGUUGGAUCGUUCCCUUUCAGCGCCAACUCCCGCGCAAAGACUAACCUGGACACUGAGGGUUUGGUCAAGAUGCUUGCGGAUCCCGAGACAGACAGGAUUCUCGGUGUUCAUAUUAUUGGACCCAACGCUGGUGAGAUGAUCGCUGAAGCCACUCUUGCGCUCGAGUAUGGCGCAUCGAGCGAAGACAUCGCCCGCACAUGUCAUGCCCACCCGACCCUAGCCGAGGCGUUCAAGGAGGCCGCGAUGGCCACUUACUCGAAGCCUAUCCACAUGUAA